UGGCCUGGCUUUCUCCCCACCUCUCUCUCUCUCUCUCUCUCCCCCCGUCGCUCUCCCUCAUCUCAUUGUUUCAGAGUUGGCCAAAUUCGAAGUCCUUUCCAGGGAGUGGCCCUGUUCAUCUUACUCUCCAGCCAAAGUGGAACAGAGUGAGAACGAGACAGACACAUUCAGCAACCAAAGGACUGGGUGGAAAGAGCAGAGACCCGUGAACAACAUGCUGCUUCUGGGACCCAAAGUGCUGCUGCUUCUCGCUGCACUCAUCAUCCCCUCUGACUGGACACCCCUAGGGGUCACUGGUCAACGAGGAGAUGAUGUAACUUCAGUGACUCCAGAAGCAUUCACAGAAGAUCCUAAUCUGGUGAAUGAUCCCGCGACAGAUGAAACAGUUCUGGCCGAUAUCGAGCCUUCCACAGAUGACCUGGCCUCACCCAGCGAUAAAAACGCCACCACAGAGUGCCGCGAUGAGAAAUUUGCCUGCACGAGACUCUACUCUGUGCAUCGGCCGGUCAAGCAAUGCAUCCAUCAGUUAUGCUUCACGAGUUUACGGCGUAUGUACAUCAUCAACAAUGAGGUCUGCUCCCGUCUUGUGUGCAAAGAACACGAAGUUAUGAAAGAUGAGCUGUGCCGGCAGAUGGCGGGUCUGCCCCCAAGGCGACUCCGGCGCUCCAGCUACUUCCGCCUUCCUCCUUGUGAAAAUGUGAAUUUUCAGAGACCCAGCGGUCUGUGAUCACCAAGGAAGAGGAAAGAAAGAACGUGUGGGUGGGAGGGAGAGAGUGCUGUAAGAGGGAACUCCUCAUUCAACCUCUGUCAGCCAACCCACGGACAUGAGUAUUUCUUAAACCAGCGCCUUCGCGAUGUUUAGCUUCUGCCCCCACUUCUUGAUUUUUCACCCAUUUAUCUCACUUUUCAGUACUGAAAACACAGCCUCUAUUAUUGCAUGGUUUUGCUGCUUCCCAGUAUCAUAGACAUAGUAGAUAAAUGAUUCCCAUGUGGCUUUUACACAAACAUGCUGCAUACAGUUUCAAGGGAAAAUAAACUUUAGGUUAGUGAUAUUAACUACUGAAUCUGUCUGCGAUAGAUCUUAGGGUUGAAGAAGCCAUCACUGUCCAUCUCAGCCAACCACAGAACUUCAUUUAUCUUCCAUUCAAGACUUUCCUAGGUUAACUCCCCCUUGACCUCCCUAGUCCACUUUACUCUUAUUAACUACUUCGCUGGAUUGUCCUAACAUCUGCCUGGCAGGGCUUCUUUAUGAGAAGGUUAUGAUGAUUUUUGUAAUCCUAAAAAAUUCUACAGAGCCAAGAGUUACACAAUCCAACUAGCAAUAUAUAAUAUAAAGACCAAAAA